AUGGCGGCGUCGGAGCUGCACUUCCUGCUGGUGCCGCUGGUGGCGCAGGGCCACAUCAUCCCGAUGGUGGACCUGGCGCGCCUCAUCGCCGCGCGCGGGCCGCGGGUCACCGUGCUCACCACGCCCGUCAACGCCGCGCGCAACAGGCCGGCCGUCGAGGGCGCCGCCAGGGCCGGCCUGCGGGUCGACCUCGCCGAGCUGCCCUUCCCCGGCCCGCGCUUCGGGCUGCCGGAGGGGCUGGAGAACGCCGACCAGAUGGUCGACCAGACCAUGUACGUCAAGUUCUUCCAGGCCAUCUGGGGCAUGGCCGAGCCGCUGGAGGAGUACGUCCGCGCGCUGCCACGCCGCCCCGACUGCCUCGUCGCCGACUCCUGCAACCCGUGGACGGCCGGCGUGUGCGCCGCCCUCGGCGUCCCCAGGCUGGUCAUGCACUGCCCCUCCGCCUACUUCCUCCUCGCCGUGCACAACCUGGCCAAGCACGGCGUGUACGACCGCGUCGGCGGCGACGACAUGGAGGAGUUCGAGGUGCCGGACUUCCCCGUGCCCGCCGUGGGGAACACGGCCACGUUCCGGGGCUUCUUCCAGUGGCCCGGCGUGGAGAAGGAGCAGCGCGACGUGCUCGACGCCGAGGCCUCCGCCGACGGCCUGCUCGUCAACACGUUCCGCGGCAUCGAGGGCCUCUUCGUCGACGCCUACGCGGCGGCGCUCGGCCGGAGGACGUGGGCCGUCGGGCCGACGUGCGCCUCCAGCUUGGGCGACGCCGAUGCCAAGGCCGGCCGCGGCAACCGCGCCGACGUCGACGCCGGCCACGUCGUCUCGUGGCUCGACGCCCGGCCGCCGGCGUCCGUGCUCUACAUCAGCUUCGGCAGCAUCGCGAAGCUGCCGGCGAAGCAGGUCGCCGAGCUCGCGCGCGGCCUGGAGGCGUCGGGGCGGCCGUUCGUGUGGGCCAUCAAGGAGGCCAAGGCCGACGCCGCCGUGCAGGCGCUGCUCGACGACGAGGGGUUCGAGGAGCGGGUCAAGGACAGGGGCCUCCUCGUCCGGGGCUGGGCGCCGCAGGUGACCAUCCUGUCGCACCCGGCGGCGGGCGGGUUCCUGACGCACUGCGGCUGGAACGCGACGCUGGAGGCCAUCUCCCACGGCGUGCCGGCGCUGACGUGGCCCAACUUCGCCGACCAGUUCUGCAGCGAGCGGCUGCUCGUGGACGUGCUGGGCGUCGGCGUCAGGUCCGGCGUCAAGCUGCCCGUCAUGAACGUGCCCGCGGAGGCCGAGGGCGUCCAGGUCACCAGCGGCGACGUGGAGAAGGUGGUCGCCGAGCUGAUGGACGGCGGGCCGGAGGGGGCCGCGAGGAGGACCAGGGCCAAGAAGCUCGCCGCAGAGGCCCGCGCGGCCAUGGAGGAAGGCGGGUCGUCGUGCACCGACCUGGAGGACAUGAUCCGCCACGUAUCGGAGCUGUCGAGGAAGAGGAGCCACGAGUACGGAUGGGGCACGAGCUCGACGUCCCUGCUUUCCGCGGCGGCGGAGCUUGGAGUUGGAAGCAAGAGCGGCGCCAAGAAGAUGGAAGCCGACGCUGCGUUGUCAGUGCACUCCUGA